ACUCAGGUCAGCUGUUCGUUACAAGAACUCGCUGUCACUUGGUGGUUUUUACAUUAAUUUUGGCUAAUAUAUUAAUUACACGAUGGCUUUGUUGGAAUCUUGCGAUACUUUCGUCGUUUUACCCCCCUUGACGAAAAUGGGAGUUGUUUUUGGAAAAAAUUCCGAUCGACCCAAUGGAGAGGUACAAGAAGUGGUUUAUUAUCCUAGUAGUGAUGAUAACGGACCUGUUAUGUGUACCUAUAUUGAAGUUGAAGGUGCUCCUUCUAAGGCAAUAAUCUUAAGUAAACCAGGAUGGAUGUGGGGUGCUGAAAUGGGAGCUAACGAAUGUGGUGUUGCAAUAGGAAAUGAAGCUAUUUGGACUAUUGAUAAUGAUGGAGAUCAUGAUCCUAGUAUUAAAAGGCUUUUGGGGAUGGAUUUAGUCAGAUUAGGUUUAGAACGUGGUUCCACUGCAUUAGAAGCUUUGGAUGUAAUAACGUCUUUAUUGGAAAAAUAUGGACAAGGUGGACCUUGCUCUAAUACAGAUUCAGGAUUUUGUUAUCAUAAUUCAUUUUUAAUCGCCGAUCCCUCGACAGCAUGGAUCUUAGAAACAUCUGGAAAACAUUGGGUAGCUGAAGAAAUAAAAAGUGGAUAUAGAAAUAUAUCUAAUGUUUUAACCAUUACAACGAAAUUUGAUAAACAUUCGGAUGGUCUUUUUGAAUAUGCCAAAUCUAAAGGAUUGUGGAAUGGAGAAGGUGAUUUUGAUUUUGCAAAUAUAUUUGGAGCUGAUAAAGGUUGUUCCUCGCGAUUGGAAGCUGGUAAAAAGCUUUUGGAGAAAUUUACAGGUUCAAAUAACUUUAAAGAAACCGAUAUGUUUUGUAUUCUUCGCGAUACUGAAUCUGAAAUUUGUCGUCCUGCUGAUUCCUCCUGUGCAACGCAAGGUGCUCAAGUUUCUACUUUAACUAAUGAUAAACCGAGUGCUCAUUGGUUUACUGCAACACCAGAUCCUUCGAAAUCAGUAUUUAAACCAUUCGUUUUUACACCAAACGUUUCUAUUUCUAAACAUACUAAAUGUCCUGAAGAUGAGAAAACUUCUCCACAUACUUUAUAUUCAUUACACUCGGCUGCAAUGAAAUCUAAAGGUAAUGAAGUUCAAGAUUUAUUGUUAAAUAUGGAAGCGACAUGUGUUCGUGAAUUGGACGACGUUUUAAGUAACACUGGUUCUGAUCUUUCUGAACUAGACGAGUUGCUAAAAGAUUGUGUUGAAACUGAGGUUAAAUUCUAUCGUUAAGUCAACCUCAAAAGAAAUUAAUGAGAUUAAUUUUCUUUAUAUUAAUUUAUACACGGAUGUGCUUAUGUAUUGCCUUUUCCGAUUACCAACAGCUUAAGCAGGUAGCUAAAAAUAGUUGAGAUUCCUUUUGUGUUAUUAGUAAAGUAAGGGCUAAAGUGAUAAAAAUGACCUUGAAAACGGCUCAAAAGAAUUUUUUGCAAACAUUUUGAAAAAUUAGCUUGGUAUUAAUUAAUAAUAUUUAUAAUGUAGAUGAAGUCGCUGUGUUCCACAUUCAACAUAGAUGUUUAUUAACUAAUGAUUUUGUGAUUUUUACAUGAGGUUUUAUAGCCUUUGCGCAUUCCUUAGCUUAGUUUAUAAGUUCGUCAUUUUUAUUUAUUUCAUAUUAUAGUAUUUAUUGGACGGUACAUGUAUGUGCGAUUUUUUAAGUGUUGUUUUUUAUGAGUAUUACAUUCCAUAUAUUAAAUAAAAUACUGCUACAGAAUCAACAGUUUAAAAUUAA